AUGGCUCGCCUUCUUUUCGCCGCCUGCAGCGCCCUGCUGCUGGCCACGCAAGCAGCCGCCGACACCUUCCCCUACAGCACCUACCGCACCGCUCCAUACACCCCUCCCCAAAUCAAGGUCACCAAGUCCGGCCAAACAGACCCGGGUUAUAUAUUCGUCGGUCCCCGUGGAAAUCAGCCGCAAGGAACGGCUGCCCUGAUAUACGAUGAGGACGGCCACUUGGUCUACCAGGGGCCGGAGGAGGUAACGGCCAACUUCAAGGUGCAGAAACUCUUCAACGAGGACGUCAUCACCUUCUGGGCUGGUAACAUGAUGGAUCUGGGUUUUGGAUACGGCACGGUUCAUAUUCUUGACAACACCUACCGCGAAAUCUACACCGUCACCCUCCAGGACAACUUCGUCUCGCCCGAUGGCGCCCCCAGGGAUUCGUACAUCGAUCUACACGAGAGUCAUGUGACGGAUCGCAACACUCUCUUGGUCACGGCCUACAAUGUCACUCAGCAUGACUUGUCCUCCAUCGGCGGCAAGGUGGACGACUACAUGCUCGACGGCAUGUUCUUCGAAAUCGAUAUCGCGACCAACGAGAUCGUGUAUCAGUGGAGCGCAUUGGACCACCUUCAGGACAUCCCCCUCGAGGCCUCCAAGCAGGGCUUGGGAGCAGAUCAGGGGACGCAGGACAAGCCCUGGGACGCUUACCACAUCAACUCCGUCGAGCUGAUGGAUGAAGGAUACAUCAUUUCGCUGCGUCACUACUGGUCCGGUUUCUACGUUCACAACAAUGGGUCAGUGAUGUGGCAGCUCAGUGGUGAACGCAACGCCGGCGACUUUGAGAUUGAUGACGGUGCCAUCUUCUCCUGGCAGCACGACAUCCGUGUCUACCACCAGACGGAAGACAGCAUGCAAAUCAGCUUGUUCAACAACGCCAACACACCCACGGAUACUGUCGACGCAACCACCGGCUUGAAUCUGCACGUUGACCUGACCAACCGCAAGGUGUCCACGCUGCGCACGCUGAAAGACUCGAGUGACGUGAUACACAGUGUCAGCCAGGGCAGCUACCAGCUUCUCAGUGAGGAGACGUCUCACGUUGUGCUCGGUUACGGUUCCAUCGCGAAAGUCAAGGAGUAUGACGCCCACAACAACGAGGUGAUGACGGCGCAGUUCGGUGACGACAAUGCGGUGGCGUCUUACCGCGGCUACAAGUGCCAGUGGAAGGCGACCCCCUUCUGGCAGCCCGCCGUGGCGAUCGUGCGGACGACGUCGGAUGCGGCUACUCUGUUUAUGAGCUGGAACGGAGCCACGGAAUAUGACAACUGGGCCAUCUACACGGCCUCGUCGGCAGAUGCAGUUGACCCGACAUUUGUCACGUCGAUCAAGCGCAACGGGUUCGAGACCACGGCGCAUGUGACGGGACUGCGCACCAACUGGCUCCAAGUGGUUGCUCGGAAGGGUAACAUUCCUCUGGGGACAUCCGCCAUGGCGUACUUCUAG